CUUUUCCACAGAGGCAGGGGGUGGGGAGCUCUUUGAGGACAGGCUGCAGUGCUGACGAACUCUGUAAGAUGUUGGAUGCACUGCACCUGUCCGAAAAGGCAUACUUUACAACACCGAACAGGCCAAAUCCUCUUCUUCGUCCAGCCACAUUUGUUUUUCAAAAACAACCCACAUUUGGUUUUGCACAACAUCCGAUGCUGGCUGGACAAGAAACAAGGACAAAGUCCCCUGCCCCACCUACACCUACUUCUGCACCUCAGCAUUCACCUGCUGCCUACGCUAACCCUCAGCCUUGUCUCCGGCACAAGAAGUUCAGCUGCAAACGUCAGAGACUUUCAGCUGACAGCUAAAGAGCCGGGAUGCAGCCAGGAGACACCAAAUGGGCAAAACGGAGAAGCAGCGAAAAAUAUAAAUUAAAUGUUCUUUAAAAUCGACAGAAAAUGAUGUACCUACUUCUAAACUCAGCCAACGAUACAGGCGAACGAACCGUUAUUUCUGCAUAACUUCAUCAUAACAAUCCUAAACUUUAAUUUACAACAGAGCAGGAACAGACUAGCUUUGUGAUAUUCCUAAACUCAAAACUCUUCUAAAUCGUCAGUGAAAGUAAUACUUGAUAGAACAAUAGCUACAAUAACAUCAUUAAAUGCAAAAACGUCAUAAGCAGAUUUGAGAUACUUAACAGAGGAAAUACUGGAACCAUGUAAACAACCCGUUUUUAACCACGGCUUUCGGUUCGGUUUCAGUGUUUUUUGUUAUUAUAUGCUAAGGUGACAGGAGCAGUAAGAGGUUAAGGAGAGGUCAAGAGGUUUAUUGCAAUGUUUUUAAUUUUACUUAAAAUCAAAACAUCUACCUGUAAACAUUUCUAAGGCAUUGUAUAAUAUAAAACAAACCUUAAAAUGAACUCCCAUAGCCCAUAUACAAACGGGGAACACAGGAUUUUCUACAUUUAUUACAUGGCGCUCUGGAAUACUUGAUUCCGAUUGGUCGGUCGGGACAUUCCUAGGUGCGUUAUUCCCAGAUAACAAUCGUUCAAAACUAAUAACACAUGCUCAUCCGGAUAGUUGUGAGUCAACUUGACUUAUAAUACAAAUGAUUCAACAUAUAGUAUAGUUCUCUUACUUGAACAUAGUGACUUGGAAAGUAUUCAUUAAAAAUGAGCUAAUAAAAUAUUUCAAAUCAGUAUAUUUAGAAACAGUUGAAACGUGUAGCUGUGGAUAAUCGAGCACACAAUGAAGGGGUAGAAUCAAAUGUAGUAAUUUAAUCAAAAAAGGUGCAGGAGAUAACAGAAACAAACAGCAACUACAACAUAAACAAUAAGUAACAAUGCAAAACACGGGGCUUAAAUAACAACAAUAAAUAAUGAAGGGACACAAAAACUGGUGAGGAGUUUUAGUCUGAGGUGCUGUUGCAUGUGUUUUAAAGGUUCCUCGGCACUGAAAACGCAGGUCAAUCGCUUUCAUAAGGUAAACUUUAACAUGAGUGCAUAGUUAAGGGAUAUUUAGGCCCAGUCCCAGUUCUGUUUUAUGAAUUCGUCUUAUGUACAGUAAUGCGCUAUGUUGGCAAACUUUUCCAACGUUUCUUUAAAUAUUGAAUAUUAACACGACCGUAAAUGUGAAUACAAGAUUGAAUGUAACAUAAAAAAAGGUUAUUUGUCAAUUAAUUCUUUAUUAACACGACUUGCAUUAUACUCGCUUGAGCAGCCGUGCUGGAACAUUUCAUACCCCUUCGUUUGAAGUGAGAUCCCAAAAUAAUCUGUUCGAAGGGCUAUAUGGCCCUUCCUCUUCCCCCUACCCCUCCAACCAAAAGAGUGUCGAGACGCCCCUUCAUGUGAACGCCCUAAACAAAGGGGUAAUGGGUAGAAAUGGGAUUGGCCCUUACGCACAGGGAGGUGUUUAUCCAUCUUAGAGCAAAAACUCAUAAACAACAACAAACAGCUAAUUCAUAGAGAAAUAAAAUGCACCGAAGAAAUAAAUCAACCGAAAACUAAAAAAAACACAAUUAACAAAUGCGUAUUCAAUUGUGAAUGUCAUAUUAAACCGUUUAAAAUCAUAUUGAGAAUUCUGUAGUAGUUUCCACCAAACUGUAUGAUUUUUUUUAAGGAAAAUGGUAUCCAUAAAAACUUUUAAUCAGGAGUUAGGCCAAACUACAGCAGAGACAGCACUUCUGACAAACACCCAUCAGUAAACUAACUGUCUACACUUGUUUUUGCAGCAUUAGUCGGCCUGAACAUUUGUCAUAUUGUGUCAUUUUUGUAUAACGUGAGCGGCCUCUAUGCUAAUAAGUUUGUCUUGUUUUCUUGUCUCAUUCUCGGGACACGUGAGUCUGACAGAGCCAGGUCCGGUUGGACGGAAUGCUCCACCUCAUGAUGACCACAGAAGAUGCCUUCAUCAACAGGAGGUAAUGGGAGUCUGCAGUGAGUCAGGUGAAGGGAUGCUGACUAAAGAGAAAGAUGGAAGAAGAGCGCAGUCGGACUAAAGAGCGUCUGGAGAUCAGUUUGGCGUGGCUGUGUGAGCUCGAUAUAUUGAAGCAGCGGCAGGAGAGCCUGGUGCUGGGCGCUCUGGCGCUCGGGGAUACAGUGCCGGGGUGCCCGGCGUGGGGUGAUGUCGGUCCGGCCCGCAGCAGCAGAGAGCACGAGCAGCUGACUUUAAGACGACAGCUGAACCGGCUCCAGGGCGCCCCCAGCCUGUUGAUGCUGGCACUGCAACAACAGCUCAGUGAGCUCAGGCUGGAUACAGGAGUCACUUGUGAGCAGAAUACAGAAGAUGAACUGGACAGCCCCAGUGCAUCCAGCUCAGGGUUUUAUGAUCAAAGUGAGUGCCUGUCUCCUCCACUGCGCACUUGUUCCACUCCAAACCUCUCUGUGUCUUGUCACAGACCCAGAUCUGUGGAUGCCUACAUGCUGGACUGGGAGGGUCACAUGGAGCUCACAAUACAUGCCACCCUUCCCCGUUCGUUUUCUGCCCCGUACCCCCCUUUAGAGAAUAUCGCUGAGGGAAUAGAGGAGGAGGAAGAGGAGGACGAUGAAAGCACUCAAUGGGUUACGGAUCAUCUGGUGGAAGUCGAGUCCAUGGCUGAUGAGAACGACAGCCUCACGCCCGAGCUGAGCCUCAACACAGAUGAUGAAGGAAAAACAGACGAUGGCCCGACAGAAGAGGAUAUCCAGCAGGCCAUGCGUGUGGAGGCAUACAUUCUCAAUCUCCUGCAGCGUCGACACCUCACAACGACACCCGAACUCGACUCGGAUGUCACUCAGUGGCACACAUACCCGCCCAGCUACCCAGACCUUCAACACGAUCAGCCAGAAUGGCCCAAAUGGGGAGUCUUCUCAGAGGACGAGAACCAGGAUGAGGGACAGGACGGAUAUUACACGACCCUUCCUGACGCCCAGGCUGGACCAACUUCUCUGGACAGCGACGAGCUUGAAUCCUCCUUAGAGACGGAUCAGUACGGAGCUGCGGAUGUCAGCUCCAGCAACGAUGAGAUUGACUCACCUCAGCAUAAACCGGGUUAUUAUAAACACCGGCCUGUGAUGUCAGACACUGUGAAACCACACGUUCACACCUGCUGCAAUCAAACCUGCUCGGCCCCAGAGUCCCGUGAGCAACUCCUUCCUUCUCAAGACUGGGCUCUUCUUCGCUCUGGAGCUAGAAGGGAUUCACAAGAAAGGUGGACGUCCGGAUCAAAACGACACAUCAACACAACCAUCCGCCCUCAGUCUGAAGAUAGUUCUCCUUCUCAAGGAUGGGCCGCCCAUGCAGAGAACAAAUAUUACACAGUGGGAAAGGACACUGCAAGGCAUCCCGGCGACAAAUUUUACACGUCCGAUCAGCGACUCUGGUGCUCCUCAGUGGAUCUCAGUCAGGAGGAGAACGAGGAUGUGCAAGAGAUCAGACACGGUUAUUUACCCAAUCACACUUGCGUUCAGUUCGUGAAGAAGCACCAGAGGGUUGGGAAGGGGUUGGCGAGAGCCGCUGAGCCCACCGACGGUUCCGACUCCAGUCUGAGUGGGACUUUCUCCCCGGUGACCAGUUCGUUGUCUAGCGAUUCAGAUGAGAGCGGUGGGCUGGUCUGGCCUCAGCAGUUGCCUCCUCGCUUGUCCCCGUCUUCAUCCUCUUCCUCCCAGAAUCCCUCCAGUUCUGUGGUGAAGAUUAAAGCCUCACACGCACUGAAAAAGAAAAUCAUGCGUUUUCGCUCGGGCUCUCUUAAACUCAUGACCACUGUCUGAGUCGGACCUCCAAAUACAUUUACAUUUAAGUAUGUAGCAGGCACAUUUGUCGAAAGCAACUUCCAAAUAAAUACAUGACGAGCAUCUCUGUGAAUGUCAUAGCACUUCAUGAAGUUAUUUUUGCCGUGUUGUAAGAGUGCGUUACUCGGCAGACCUCAUUAGACUAUGUUCAAUUAUAGGCAACUCUUAUACAAUUUCUAAGCAGACAAUUUUGUGCAGAUCAUAUGGAUGGAUGUCAGGGAGUAAUGGAUUUCAUGAAAAUUCUGUCAUCAUUACCCAUCAUAGUACCUUCUUACCCUCAAGUGGUUCCGAUUUUCAUUUUUGGAUGUUCCCUUUAAGAAGGACAAGUAACAGAUGAGAUCUUAUCAGUAUCUCAGUUGUUUCACAGUAAUGAGAUUCAAUUUAGAGUAAAUGAAAUCUUUUGCAGGUCUCCUUUAUCUUAGAUAUUUCUACUCCAGAAAUCUCACACGUCUCCAUUAAAAAUACAUUAUUGAAGAUUUAAUAUCUCAAACGUUUCUCAUCAGAUUUCUCCAAAAACAGAUUAUUUCAGCUCUACUAUAGUUUAUAAAGUAGCUUCAUGAAUCUUUCAUUUGAACCUAUUUCCAAAACUGUGAGUCAAAACUUAAAAUGCAAAUGAGAACAAUUAACAAUGACCUUUAACAAUGUGGUUGAGCAAUAAAGUUUUCCUCUGGGAUUCUUCAUAACAUUUUCUCCCUUUUGUGUUGCGAUAAAGAAAGUUAUACGGGUUUGGAACAACACGAGGGCGAAUAAAUGAUCUUAUUUUAGUACUAUGUACCACCUUGCCUGCUAUGCCUCAUGUGUUUUCUCUAUAUUUUGCACAAGAAGCUUUAUACAUACAUACUUUGUAGCAUGUUUGUUAAAAUGCAUUUGUAGUGUUACUACUGCAUCUUUUUUACAUUUAUAGUAACUAAUCUGUCAUUAUACGUUGAUGAUAAAGAUUGACAUUAUGUAGAAUAUUCAUAUGCACCGUUUAGUGCAUUAAAGGACAGGAAUAAUUCAUUUGCUGCUCUACACUCAGACGCUCUUACCUGUAGGGUGGAGGGGCCCAUACUCAACACACCUGUACAAACCUGUGAGUGUGGUAUAUGUUUAUAUAUAUAUAAUAGGCCUUGCCUGCGUUUAAUAUUUCACCACAUUUUCACUGCCACUGUGUUGUAUAGAGUUUAUAAUAUUUCUGCUCAUUGCAUGUUCUUAAUAAACUGCUUCUAAAUUAUUUCAAAUAGCAGUUUAUCUGUACAGAUUUAUUCAUGUAAUAUUUCGAAAUGUUAUUAAUUAA